AUGGCUGAAGCUGUCGCAGCGCAGAAUUCGAGCGACCGGCUGGAGGUUCAUGCCAAGUGGGAGGAGCUUGCAGCUGCUGCCGGCAGCAGAAUCAAAAGCCCUGGCCAAGCAGCUUCUUCACCAAUGUCGGUUGUGCAAAACGGCUCAGAGGGUGGCCACUCCCCUUCUUUCAAGAAAGUACGAAAACAGGCGAGCAUGGGAGCCGAUUUCAUAACUGCUGAGCCAAAGGCCAAACAGAAUGAUGCCGAUCAUUCCUGGAGGGGACGCGCCCUUCGCUUGGCCACAUACAUUGUGGAUAACAACUUCAACGCGAACUUUUUGGCUUUGGUCGUCCUUUUCGAUGCUUACCUGACCGCCAACGACAUUGAUGCCAGGGCUGCUGGACACGACGCCUCCACAUUUGUUCGGACAUGCUCUGACAUUUGCCUCCUGCUCUACACAGCUGAGUUGCCACUUCUACUUUUUGUGCGAGGGCGAAAAAUAUUGAAAGACUGGAUGGUAUUGCUUGACAUUGUGAUCAUAUUGUGUGGCUACACGGAGUGGGUGUUGACCAGUGCAGCGGAUGCGUGGACAUCAAGGAUCAACAUCAACAUGCUUCGUCCGCUUCGCUUGGCACGAAUUGUUCGCCUCAUGCAGUUCUUGAGGAAGACCCGCUCUUUGAAGGAGCUGCAGAAGCUGGUGACAAUGUUGUCGUCGUGCAUAAAGACCUUGGCGUGGAGCUUCCUCUUCGGAUUUGUAGUCAUGACGAUGUGGGCCAUGCUGAUGGUCGAACUUGUCCAUCCCCUCAUUCAUGAUGUUCAAGAGCGAACCGAUGUCUUCGCUGACUGCGGCCACUGCUUGCAAGCGGCAUCUUCUGUCAUGAAUGCCAAUCUGCUGCUCUUCAAAACUGUCGUUGCUGGAGACAGCUGGGGUUUAAUCGCAUUGCCUGUGAUACAGGACUACCCGGCGGCAGCCAUUAUUUUUGUGGGCUCCCUCCUAACCUUGGUCUUUGGUGUUCUGCAGCUGAUGGUUGCAGUUGUGGUCGACACCUUUGCAGAGGUUCGUGAAAACGAUGUUAUCAACUUGGCGGCAGAGCUGGAGCACAGUCUAAAGAAUGACCGGAAGUACUUGCAGAAGAUUUUCGACCGUCUGGACGAAAAUGGGACUGGCGAGCUUACGUUGGAGAAUUUGAUGGAUGGAGCCAGGAAAGAUGCAGAGUUUCAGAGCCGCCUGCGUGUGAUGGACAUUGAUGAGGUGGACCUGCAGCAGCUUUUUGACAUGAUCGACGCUGAUGGUUCAGGUGCCAUCGAGGCGGCUGAGUUCAUUGCACCCUUGAGCCGCUGGGUGCGAGACUCCAAGACUGCGCCGCGCUUCAUCAAGUACAACCUCCAGCAGACUAUGCAGACACAGGAGGAGAUCUUGAAGCUGUCUCAAUACAGCUUUGCCGUCAUGAGCGACAAGAUCCAACAGUUGUCCGACAUGCUGAAUCCUGUGGGUAAGCCUGACACAGAGUCUACAACUACCGAACCUCUUGAUCAACCUCUUGAUCCGGAUGCCAUACAGACGGAAAAAGCCGAAGAAACAGCGGCUGACUUCUGCGAUGGCCACAACUUGGAGCAGCCAAAUGACAGUAGAAGAGGCCCUACGAAGCGCUCACAGGGAGAAAUGCCCAGGUCGAGUGCUGGCGUGCGAGAAUCACCUCGAACGUCUUUCAUGGACGGCUCAGCGCGUCUCAGCCAUGCGUUGCAAGUGUCGAUGCGUGCGUUGGAGCUUUCUUUGUCGAAGGCCACCGAGGUGGCACUGCGGCAGUCUAUCGCCAUCGCGGAGAGCGUUCUUGAAGACCACUUAUCGUUGCCGCAUGGAGUGCAGGACCGGCAUGACCCUCAUGGCCAGCAUGGCCCAACCCACGGCCCACGCAGCCAGCGUGUCUCAGCGUCGAAACACCCAGCACCCCACGCUACUCGCAGCUCCUCAGUUUCACACACCACCUCGAUGUCAUCGAUCGGACAAGAAUGGUCAGAGAUGUCUGCUCGGGUUCCACAAUUGGGAGCUGCCCGCCGCAAGAGCUCUGUCACCAAUAGUUUGUGGACAGACAUCUGA